GUGGGAGAUUACGAAAAUGUCUAAGAAGUAUCUUUUAAUAUACAGGUUUAAUAAAAGUGACAUCUCCAGGCGAAUAGUUGAGACGGUUUGGAUGUGUCUUCCCAUGAAUUUUCGCGUGCGUAUAGUUUUUACUUUUUUUUUUUUCAUGACCGAACAAUCAAAGAUAGAAAAACGAUCUAUUGAAGAAAGCGAAGCUCCAACAAAAAAGAAGCAGAAACUAGAUACAAUUCCUAUCCUUCGGGGUCGUUUUAAACAGCGUUGGUUGACAAAGCAUUCUAGUUUAUUGAAACGUUCUGAUGAAUCAACUGGAAUUUUGAUUUCAUGCAAUGUCAAUGCCGAAACCCGAGCAUUAGGACAAGUAACUAAUUGUCUAGAAACAUACAUCACAAAGCUAUUUCCAGACCACCAGUCUACAUGGAUAAGGUUUGAAGGUCCGUACGAUAUUGAUGAAGUUGAUCAAGAAGAAGGUGAAGAAGAAGGUGAAAAGGAAAAGGAAAAGAGAGAAGACAAAGCUGAGCGUAAAGAACGAAAGUUUCAAGCUGUUGAUGCAGCUUGCGGUGGCCUAGUAUUCUUUAGAUUUAGAGUAAACGUAAAACCUACUGAAUUCGUUCUAAAGUUUAUGGAUUAUAUAAAACAGCUUCCUGAAGAAGAAAAGAAGCAGGAAUUGGAAAAGAUACGCUAUACGACGAGAUGGAUUCCAUUUGAUUAUAUCUGUCCUGCUAUUACAGAGCGUAUUGAAAAAUGCUUUGAAAGGGUCAAGCAGGAUCAUUUCAACAGUGACAGCAAAGACGCGACGGUUGCUAUCGUAACAGAGAUCCGUAACAACAUAUUGAUUUCUAAAAAUGACAUUAUUCAGACGAUUGCACCAUUAAUUCCAAGUAAUUACAAGGUAAAUUUGAAAACGCCAACAUUUGUAAUAUUUGUUUCUGUAUUCAAAAGUGCUUGCGGCAUAACUGUGCUCAAGGAUUAUUAUCAAAGGAAGAAGUAUAACGUUAUGUCUUAUUGCCAAUAAGAGCAUAUAAACAUAGAAACCCAUUAAUCAAAUCCUCUUUUAUUUCUUAUGCUGUAUACACAAUUCUUGUCAAUGAGACACUUACGAAGUCACAAUAUAACCACCGACUGAUGUGGGUUAGAGCAGUACAAUAAAUGUUUCUUUUUAGACCACUUAAUCCCAAAGAGCUAUUCUCUUUAAACUUCGAGUCCAACUAUUGCCUAAGGGACUACAUGUAUUACAUGUGCCUAUAUGGCCUGAACAUCAACAUCGUGAGAGUAUUAAAGUGGCUAUGACCCAGUCUACUUAUUUUCGAAUGUAUUGAAAGAACACACAAAAAGGAACUGUAUAAGAGAGAGAGAAGAUAAAUGCACAUCAUAGUUGAAUAAGCUCUCAUCAAUUGUUUGAUUACAGAUUUGAGAAGAGAAGGGAGAGAUUACGUUGCCGAAAUGGAGACAAAAGAU